UGUAAAGUGAUGGGAAUAUCGGCAUUGUCUUGGUCUACUUUGAGAGGAAUUGACGUAAGGUUGAUAAAGCUCUUAGACCUUAUCGCUAAGGUCUUUAAAGAAAGUCAGUGAAUAUUAGAGCGAUUCCGUUCUUCGUUGUCUUAAAUUCAGUGAACAAUAGCAAUCCUACAGGCGUAGUCGAAGUUGAAGAUUACCAUGAUAUGAGAUCGUAUAUUGCUUUUGAAUCGUCAGAAAAGGGUAGCCAAGUCAAUUUUUGGGUGAAGCAUUUGUUCCAAUGGAUGGAUAGCACUAUCUCAGUACCAAUGGAAUUUACCAGCACUACAGAACCCAUGGAGGAAGAUGAUUCUACAAUUGUCACUAUUUCAUCAGUCUGCCAAACUAUAACUGCUCAAUCUGUUCAAGCUUCAGGUGUUACGCAGGCUGGAGUUAUGCAAAUGAAGUCAGCCAAUGCUACACAAUCCACUGCACAACCUGACCAUGGCAUGCCACAGCCAGUAUUGGGAACUCAGUCAUUUAGCCCAUCAUUGCAAGUAAAUGUACCUCAGUUGCUGGGAAAAUCUAACCCUGUUGCUCAAACCAUGACCACAACAAUGACAACCUCACAACCAAUUGCAACAGGUCCAUGUGAGAGAGUUUCACACCAAGCAACGUUAAAGCAGCCAGUAGGUGCAUCGUCACUGGCUGUAGUUACACAAACAGGGUCAACAGUGUCAAACUCAUUGCAAAAUAUAGGUCCUCUUCAAAUAACAGCAGUUCAAUCUUCAGGGAUGGCCUUGCCAUUGACAAGUCAACCUCAGCAGCGCAUUGUUGCACAUUCAUUUGCAACGAAAAGCAAAAAAACAACAUCUGGUACAAUACCUGGUGGUAAGAUGUUCUUCAAAACUUCUUCCUCGCCAUCAAAGCUGAUACCAAUAGCUGGUGGAAGUGUCUCUAAAUUUGUUCGUGGUAUGGGGAACGUACAACGUAUCUUGGUGCCCCAGGCCAGGUUGACACAACAGAACACUUUGAGACACAUAGCUCCUCGAUUGGCUACAAGUAUCAACCCAACCAGACCACCAAUGAAUCAGGUGAAAGUGAAACCGGCGACAUCAAGAGCAGGGAAACAGGUUGCAACCAAUACAAGUUCGACAGCCACUGGUGUCAUGCAACAACGUGUUCUGUUACAAGCACAAACUGUCUCUAAUACGGGUCAACUACGGGCUAUUGCUCCAAAUUUGGGCAUACCCCCGGGUUCAACGAUACAGUUCCCCCCUGGAACCAUAAUUAAAGAUAAUGUUGUGUACUUACCACAGACAAUGCAAUCAGGGACCGCGGUGACAAGCGCAGUUCAAUCUUCUAGCGUUUCAGUUACACAAACUUCAGUCAGCAAUGUUUCUCAGCCUGUAAACGGGAAACCCAAUUCUCCGUCACCUACGCGACAGAGAAAGCCUUGCAAUUGCACCAAAUCUCAAUGUUUAAAAUUAUAUUGCGACUGCUUUGCAAAUGGCGAAUUUUGCAACCACUGUAAUUGCAACAAUUGCUCCAACAACAUGGAACACGAACAAGAAAGAAGUAAAGCAAUCAAGGCUUGUUUAGAACGAAAUCCUUACGCUUUUCACCCGAAGAUUGGUAAAGGAAAGGGAGAAACCGAACGAAGACACAAUAAAGGUUGUCACUGCAAGCGAUCGGGAUGUUUGAAAAAUUACUGCGAAUGUUACGAAGCUAAAAUAUUGUGUACAAGCAUAUGCAAAUGUACUGGAUGCAAAAACUUCGAGGAAAGCCCUGAACGGAAAACAUUGAUGCAUUUAGCUGACGCAGCAGAAGUACGCGUACAGCAGCAGAACGCGGCAAAAACAAAACUGGAAUCACAAAUGGAGGAUCUUCCGAGCAGGGCGCCUAUACUUGCGCAUGCUGGUGAAAGACUUCCAUUUUCGUUCGUUACACGUGACGUUGUCGAAGCAACUUGUCGAUGUCUACUUGUGCAAGCUUCGGCGGCCGAAAAAAAAAGUAUGUCACGGACAGACAUUCAAAAGUUGGUUCUAGAGGAGUUCGGGAAUUGCUUGCUCAAGAUUAUACACACGGCUAAUAGUCGCAACGCAAACUGACGUUUGUUCUUACUUAUUAAAACGCGACACACGAUAGUGACUUCGAAAAUUUUAACCAUUAAUACUUGUAUGUAUAUAUAUAUAUAUCAUGUAGUAGAUUUUAAUAAAAUUCAACUUUCAAAA